ACUUCUAAAGCAAAAUGUUGGUUUCCUUACUGUAGAUUUAGCCUAAUUAUCUAAGUCACCAAACCCUCCAAACAACAUUAAUUCUAAGCACCGCUUAGUUACCGCGCAUGUUAAAAGUUAACAUCGAGGCAUUUAGGGAGCGAUGCUGCUCUGUCCGUGGUUCUGAAACGGCCUCGUCUCGUCAUCAUUUUGUUGAAUUCCCAAUUUUACAGAAAUAGCUCCUUUGUUGUCCCUGUGAUCCUGAAUUAUUUAUUUCGGACCGUCGUUCCGCUGUGACAUUUGCUCACAUCGUCCCCGGGUAAGCAUGUGCGGGAGCAUGAAUCCCUCGUCAGAAUUCGGAAAGGUCAAGUGAUUGAUUUCACUAUGCAAACACGCUCUAUAGUGUCAGAAUCAAACCUCCAAAGUUACGGAUCGGGUGGAACAUGACAGGUGACAUCGGGGCUCAUUGUGAGUGUUUGCUCUCGCCAUGCAAACUGAACGGACAGCUGUUUUAAGUUUACGCACAUGUAAGUGGCCGAUCUGUGAUGCGUAAAAGGCGCGCUCCGGGGUGGGGACUUUCUCUGGAGAGGCAGCGGUAGAGAGCGCAACAGCACGACUCUCUGCAUCCACAGGUUGCCUCGCGCAUCUCUCCUCUUCUCUGAACAUCUUAGCAACCCGCUGCAGAGUGCAGCCACAGGACAUGAAGUCACGCGCCGGGCUGAGCACUCCGGACCCGGGCUGCAAACAGAAGCUCGCGAGCACGAUGCCAAACCCAGGCAGAACUGCAAGACCUGAUUCAACAAUUUAAAAACGCAUCUUUCUGCUUUAACCGGCUGUCAUGUGAGCGUCCCCUCUGAGGACUGCGCGUCGUGUUCGAGAGCACCAUGCUACGGGUCCCUCACUGCAGCGGCACCACGGAGACGGCAUAAUGGCAUGCAGGAGCGGCUGCUGCUGCGGCUCCGGUCCGAUAAACGAGGAUAACGCGCGGUUCCUGCUGCUGGCGCUGUUCAUCGUUGUCUAUCUCCUGUGCGGGGCCGCCGUCUUCUCUGCGCUGGAGCACCCAAAGGAGAGAGAAGCGAAGGAGCGCUGGGCGCAGAGGUUCGAACAUUUCAGCCAGAAGUACAACCUGAGUAAGAAAGAGCUGAAUAACUUCCUGAGGAACUACGAGGAGGCGAACGUGGCAGGGAUCCGCGUGGACGCAAUCAGACCUCGAUGGGACUUCACGGGCGCUUUUUACUUCGUAGGAACUGUGGUGUCAACCAUCGGGUUUGGGAUGACAACCCCGGCCACCAUUGGAGGAAAGGUCUUCCUGAUGUUUUAUGGCCUGCUCGGCUGUGCGGCUACCAUCCUGUUCUUCAACCUCUUCCUGGAGCGUGUCAUCACCGUCAUUGCCUUUGUCCUUAAGUCGUGCUACGAAAGACGUCGUAACAAGGCUGUGCUGCCGCAAAACGGACGUCAAGUCUCUGAGGGAAACAGAGCAAGUGGACCCGGGGAGGAACUUGCAGGCUGGAAGCCCUCAGUCUACUGCGUUAUGCUCAUUUUAGGAGCGGCAGCCGUUUUGGUGUCCUGCUGCGCCUCGCUGAUGUACUCCGCAGCGGAGGGUUGGGGCUACCUGGACUCGCUUUACUUCUGCUUUGUAGCCUUCAGCACCAUUGGGUUUGGAGAUAUGGUUAGCAGUCAGCGAGUCGCCUACGAAGGCCACGCUACGGCUGCGUACAGGCUGGGCAACUUCUUCUUUAUCCUGACCGGCGUCUGCUGCAUCUACUCCCUCUUCAACGUCAUCUCCAUCGUCAUCAAGCAGGUACUCAACUGGCUGCUGAGGAGGCUGGAGGCCCCUUGUCGCUGUUGUUUCCCCAGGAGGGGUCACCACCCGCACCGGCAUCCCCGUCGGAAUGUGGUGGCCCCAGGUCACCUCCGUGCCCGCAGAGACCCAUCCAUCGAGACAGAUGCCAUUAACGAGAGCGAGACUGACACUGGACGCAGGUUGUCUGGGGAAAUGAUUUCCAUGAGGGACUUCUUAGCAGCCAACAAGGUGAACUUGGCCAUUAUGCAAAAGCAGCUUUCGGAGAUGGCAGUCGGGAACCAGCGCCAGUCCAGCUCCAGUUCACGUCAGAACGGCUUCUCGGGAGGGGUGGGUGCACUGGGCAUCAUGAACAACCGCCUGGCAGAGACUAGCGUGGACAGAUAGGGGGAUCCUUUUAAAGGAAACAAAAGACACACGAUAAAGAGUAUGACACUGACACUGAGCGCCGCCUCCCUGAGGAAGAAGAAGCUUUGAUGUUGGAGGAUGAAGGCUGACCCGCAGCAGCUACCACUUAGACAGAAACCACCUCAGCCCAGCUUCUUGUCAA